AGGACUAAAACCGCACAAAUACAUUACUUGAAAACAUAUACAUUAUUCUAGUAUAUCACAAGGACCAAAUUUGCAACAUGUUAAUAACUAAGGGACAAAAAAUGUAAUUGUCCCCUAUUAUAAAUACACAAGAAAAUUUGACUUCUACAAUCAGAUCACACAAUGGAAAGUCCUCCAAUAGAAGAGUUCAGCCAUUUCAGCCAUCGACACCCAUUAAUAAAAGUCUCCGAUAUCCUCGAUGAAGAAGAUCAAGUCAUUUGCUCCGGCUGUGAGCACGACCUCUUGGGCGGGUCCGCUUACACGUGCACAAAAAUGAACUGCAACUUCAUCCUCCACGACUCUUGUUUCGAUUUGCCUAGGCAAAUUAAACAUAAGUCUCACCCGAAACACACUUUAAGUCUCCAUUUUAAACCUCCUUAUUACGAUGGGGAAUACACGUGCGAUGCAUGUGGGAAUUCGGGCCACGCGUUUACAUUUCAUUGUGAGAAAUGUAAGUUUGAUCUUCACGUGGAGUGUGCUUGUUUGCCUGAAAUUGAAGAGAGGGGAGAUCAUCAACAUCCACUUACGUUGUGUUAUAAUAGUAGUAACUUGUUUGUAGGAAAGGAGGUGGAAGUUGAUGUGUUGUGUUAUGUUUGUAAAAAAGGUGUUGGGAAGACUUGUUGGUUUUAUUGUUGUUUGGCUUGUAAAUGUGGUGCACAUUUGGAUUGUGUGUCUACUCAAGAAAUUCAAGUUUUAGAAAUUUGAGAAACUUUGAAAUUUCUUUGUUCUCUUUGAGUGCAAAUUUUGAGAGAGAAAAAUAAAAUGGUUCUUGUGGAAAUCUAAUGGCUUCUCGAGAGAUGCCUUUAGUUGUUAAUUAAUCUACCGUUUCAACUAAUUUUUCGAUGUAUGCUGAGUUACUUGUUUGAUUCUACAUAUUUUUGGUUCUAUUCAAUGAACUUUUCUCUUCUUUUUUUCUA